CCCCUCCCCCUUCCCUUAUACGGUCAAAGCCCCGCCUCCUGCGCGCGUCAUCCUCUGACAGCGCGGCUCCCGCGGGUCUGGAGUUUUGGCUCCCGGGAAAGGUUGCAGUCCUGGGGGAAAGAGGGCUGAGUUUAGUGCGCCUCCAUCCAGUCCGCGAGACGCUGAAGGCCCCUCAUCAUCAUCAUCCUCCUCCUCUCUUCUUCCCCGCGUGCCGGGAAAAAACGCGAGCGGCGGCGAAAAAAUCCCUCCAUCCCGCGCGCCUUUAUUUGUCUUUUUUUUUUUUAAAGGGGGAGCCAGAAGUGCUCCAUUACAGCAAAGCGGCGCGCUUCUCAACUCCUGCAUCUUUUACCUUUUUCAAAAUUUUGUAUUUAUUAUUUUGCAUUGUUUUUUAUACUGUUCUUGUUUCCACUCGGGGAUGCUGCUGCCGUUGAUGCGUUCUGUGCACGAUGGAGCGAGCCUGAGACUGAGAGCAUCGCCGCGGCGCAAAGUUGCAAGAAAUGUUUAGUUGAACAUUGAGGAAAAGAAGAGAAAGAAGAAGUAAAGAAAAGAAAACGGCAGCAACAACAACUACUACAACCACAUCGCCAAGCAGAGCUGUUUGUUCGCCUUCACUUUUCACUUCUGCACCGGGAUCGUUGAUGCUGCGCUGAUCCGAGGAGCCGAGACUUCGCGCACUGGGCUUUUAAUUCUGUAUAUUUUUUCUUACUUUUUUUCCUUUCCAUCGCGAGCAGAACACGAGCAAAACUUUCUCUAUCCCUCGCUCUUUCUCUCCUCUCGCCGUCCGCGCGCGGAGGAUCCUAGGGCUUUGCGUGUUUGUGUGUGUGUGUGUGUUUUUUUUUCUCCUCGUCGUUUCCACCGCGCCGCCUGCAUUCAUGUUCGGGAUUCAGGACAACAUACCGCGAGGAGGGACGAGUAUGAAGGAGGAGCCGCUGGGCAGCGGGAUGAACCCGGUCAGGUCCUGGAUGCACACGGCCGGGGUGGUGGACGCCAACACGGCCGCGCAGAGUGGAGUUGGUCUGGCGCGAGCGCACUAUGAGAAACAGCCUCCGUCCAACCUGAGAAAGUCCAAUUUCUUCCACUUCGUGCUGGCGCUGUACGACAGGCAGGGACAGCCGGUGGAGAUCGAGAGGACGGCCUUCGUGGACUUUGUGGAGAAGGAGAAAGAACCAAACAGUGAAAAAACUAACAAUGGGAUUCAUUACAAACUACAACUUUUAUACAGCAACGGAGUGCGAACAGAGCAGGAUCUCUAUGUGAGGUUAAUCGACUCCAUGACCAAACAGGCUAUCAUUUAUGAAGGCCAAGACAAAAACCCGGAAAUGUGCCGAGUUCUCCUCACACACGAAAUUAUGUGCAGCCGGUGUUGUGACAAGAAAAGCUGCGGCAACAGAAACGAGACACCCUCAGACCCUGUAAUCAUCGACAGAUUCUUUUUGAAAUUCUUCCUCAAGUGCAAUCAAAACUGCCUGAAGAAUGCAGGCAACCCGCGAGACAUGCGCCGGUUCCAGGUCGUUAUAUCGACAACAGUUAACGUGGACGGUCACGUGUUGGCCGUUUCGGACAACAUGUUCGUUCACAACAACUCCAAACACGGUCGCAGGGCUCGCCGUCUUGACCCCUCUGAAGGUACGGCCCCUCCUUAUCUGGAGAAUGCAGCUACCCCAUGCAUAAAGGCCAUUAGCCCCAGUGAAGGGUGGACUACAGGCGGAGCCACGGUCAUCCUCAUUGGGGACAACUUCUUUGACGGCCUGCAGGUCGUGUUCGGCACCAUGCUUGUAUGGAGCGAGCUGAUAACGCCCCACGCCAUCCGCGUGCAGACCCCACCCAGACACAUUCCGGGAGUGGUGGAGGUCACCCUGUCCUAUAAGUCCAAGCAGUUCUGCAAAGGAGCGCCAGGACGAUUUGUCUACACCGCUUUGAACGAGCCCACUAUUGACUACGGCUUCCAGAGACUGCAGAAGGUCAUCCCCAGACAUCCAGGUGACCCGGAGAGGUUGCCAAAGGAGGUUCUACUAAAGAGAGCAGCUGACCUUGUGGAGGCUCUGUAUGGAAUGCCCCACAACAACCAGGAGAUCAUUCUGAAGCGGGCGGCGGACAUUGCUGAGGCUCUGUACAGCGUACCACGCAACCACAACCAAAUCCCAUCUCUCGCUAACACUGCGUCUCAUGGCGGCAUGAUGGGAGUCAACUCAUUCGGCAGCCAGCUGGCAGUCAACGUCUCCGAGACUUCACAGGGUAAUGACCAGGUUGGCUACAGUCGUAACACAAGCAGUGUGUCCCCUCGCGGCUAUGUCCCCAGCAGCACCCCACAGCAGUCCAACUACAACACCGUCAGCAACAGCAUGAACGGCUACGGAAACGCAGGCAUGCCCAACCUGGGCGUCCCCAGCUCACCGGGAUUCCUCAACGGCUCCUCCGCCAACUCCCCCUACGGCAGUAAGUAUCAAGUAGUUCCAUCGAGCCCUACCAUGGCAGCCUCUUCGGUCAGCCUCUCUUCAAACUGUAGCAGUACACACGGCAUUUUCUCAUUCUCACCUGCCAAUGUCAUCUCUGCAGUGAAACAAAAGAGCGCCUUUGCCCCCGUUGUCAGGCCCCAAGCAUCUCCACCUCCUUCUUGCACCAGUGCAAAUGGCAAUGGACUUCAAGCUAUGUCCGGACUGGUGGUCCCUCCCAUGUAGAUUGCACUUCCACUUCUUGUAAAGCAGCAACGUCCACGAGAUGAGCCUCGGGGUACAUCACAGAACAUUCUCCUGGAAUCUGUGUCGUCGAUCAUGAAGUAAAUCAAGUCUAAAUCAGAGGAAAAAAAAAAGAAAAAAAAAGAGAGAGACUUUGUUUCAAAGAUUUUAUUCAAACUAAUAUAAAUUGACAUGCAAGAAACUUUGUCAUGAACGAUUUAAUUUUAUUGACUGAAUUUCUUGUCAUAUUUUCACAUUUCUCAGUCUUGAAAAAAACAUGGAAGAAAAAAAGCCUAUUUUGUAUAAACAUUUCUGGUUUGAUCUUGGCUAUGUCUAGUUCUUGCUAUGUGUGGGGAGAAACUUUGUGGAUAUGCCAUUUGAUGAAAACACUGACUGAAAUGUCUCUGAAUGUUUCUUUUCAAACGAUGCGCAGCCGUCGCACAUCUCUAUAAUGUGAAGUCAUUUUCAUUAUUUUUUGC